AUGAACGUUGAACAUGUGCAUUUCGUUCAUCCGCUGGAUCUUCAAGCCAUUGGCCCAGAACGUACAUUCUUGCUAGGAGCCAUCAGUCUUCUGGGUCCUGGAACUCACAAUGUUAUAUAUCCCUCUUUCAUAAAAGUCCUUUCGAAACAGAAUCGAAAUGACAUGAAACUGUGCCCUAACGGAACAGAAAUCGAAAUGUUCUACCCUGACCUCCUGAACGACUAUGCAUUGCAAUUACUACUCGACGAACAACGAUCCAAAGUCUAUCGCCCAAUGUUUAACCGGGCAAGCGUCCUGCAGGCACUGGCCUACGACCAAAAGAUCAAGGUUUUGACAGCGACAGCGAAAGCUCUUCAUCAAAUAAUCCCAGAUCAGAACGGCGAGGAUACCACGUACGACUAUUUUGAAAUCUACAUCAGGCAUUAUGAUUACGUUCUUGGUCUGGCGACAAACUAUCGGACUUUUGAGAGAGACGAGUUAUUGCAGAUACGGAUGCCGGUUGAAUUUGGUAUGAUGUUACGGAACUUUGCAGGAUUUCUGCGAGAAGUAGGUCAUAAUGAGAAUGCAGUCUAUCUUGCAGCGAUCGGUUUGAAGAUUAUAAGGGACUAUGAGUGCGAUUCAACCAAGAUGUCGACCGAAGCUUCUGAAGAGCAGCUUGACCAGCUGAAAGCCCAUUUUCUGAGUAUUAGGGGUUAUGCUGCCAUUCGAGCCUGUCAAUAUAAUAUGGCGAGAGAGUCACUUGAAGGGUGCAUUGAAAUUCGUCGCAACUUCGUCGGUCUUGUUGCAAAAGUAGACUUGCUACUUGCAAGAGGGCAUCUUGCAUAUCUAUUGGCUGCAGAGGGAAAAUAUUCAGAAGCUCUCGACGAGUACAAAUCCAUAUUCAAGAAGUUUGACGACUCUGACCUCAUGGACGACUACGCAAAAAAUUCGGCUAUACAGAUAGCCACCAUGAUUGGCAUACUACACACGAUUAAGGGAAACCUAGACCAGGCGCAAAGCCCGCUGACGUGGGCAGGUCCUACCACCUUGAAUCCUAUACGUCGUACAGCUGUUGAGCAUGCACUCGGAAACCUCCGCUUAGCAGAAGGAAAACUUUCAGAAGCGAGAAAACACUUCAUGACUUGCAAGCAUGCAUGGCGAGAUGAAGGUACUUGUAUGCACCACAACAAAACAGGACUCGAGUACGCAAUCAGUACACAGUACAAAUUAGCUAUCAUUGAUGUACGGGAUACCCAACCAGGGGGUGGGCCAAGUGCUGCCAAGUAA